AUGGGAAACUCGUCGGCGAAGGAGGAAGGCGCUGAGGCAGAGGAGGAGCGGGACGGAGACGAGGAGGUUCCAGAGAAAAAGAAAGAGGAGAAGGAGGAGGAGGUGGAGCUGCCUUUAGGGGUGGAGGAGCUGUUUGAGAGCGGAGACCCCGUUUUGGACAUCAGCUACAAGAAGUUCAAGCAGCUGCCUCCUCGCGUCUGCACUCUUCUGCACCUGGAGAAGCUGUAUUUAUGUGGGAACCGUCUGAGGAACCUCCCUGACGGUCUCUCACAGCUCCAAGGACUUCGCACUUUAGCUCUGGACUUCAACAAGAUGGAGGAUGUCCCAGCAGCCGUUUGCGAGCUCAGGAACCUCACGCACCUUUACUUAGGCAGCAACAGACUCAUGAACCUACCAGAAGAAGUGAAGAACCUCCAGAACCUGCGCUGCCUCUGGGUCGAAAGCAACUACUUCCAGAGGUUCCCCCGAGAGCUUUACGAUCUGCCCCAUCUCAAGUCCCUCCAGAUCGGGGACAACCGUUUGAAGACUCUACCUCCUGAUUUAUGGAGGAUGGAGUCUUUGAGAGGACUCUGGCUUUACGGAAAUCGCUUCCAAACAUUCCCAAGAGUCCUGCUCAAAAUGGAAGCUCUGGAAAUUCUCGACAUGGAUCGCAACAAGAUCUCAGAAUUCCCGAGUCUGAGACGAUUACCUGCUCUGCACUUAUUCUCCUACGAUCACAACCCAGUAGAAGGUCCUCCUCUGGUUAGAGAGGAGGUGCUGGUGGUCGGAGAAGGAGCAGCAGAGUUUUUGGAGAUCCGUGAAGCCAGGAUGGAGCGACGGAGGAAAGCAGCAGAGGAGGAGGCGGAAUUAGCUCUAGCGGCAGAAGCUGGAGAAGCUGGAGAGGAACCUGUGAUCCACGGCAUCUUGAAGAACAGCAGCGCCAACAAGAGUGAGAUGGAAGCGGAGGGAGAUGGAGAGAUGGAGGAGGAGAUGCUGGAGGAGGAGGACGGGGGACCUCUGGUGGACUACGAGGAGGAGCCGCAGUUUGAGACGCAGGAGAUGUUCGGUGACGGAGACAUGAUGGAGUUCGAGGGGGACGAGCUGGAGUAUGACACGGUGCAGAUGGACUACGAGUACGAAGAAGGACCUGAGCUGGAGGAGGUGGGGAGACAAGAGCAGAGAGCCUGA